UGCCCUGCAGCUACGGACUACGGAGUAUCCAAAUUCUUUAAUCUCACAGGCAGAAGAGGAGAGAAAAAAUGGGAGGGGGAAUGGAGUACAACAAGAACAAGUGGAUCGAGGAAUGGGGAGCCGCGAGGGAGAACCUGGAGCACAACUUCCGCUGGUCUCGACGUAACCUGGCGAUUGUUGGUAUCUUCGGCAUCGCCGUCCCUGUCUUGAUUUACAAAGGAAUCGUCAAAGAGUUCCAUUUGCAUGAUGAUGAGUGGGGAAGGCCACGCACAAAGUUUGUACCAUGAGCUUUUAUAGCUCUGUAAUAAUCUUGGAAGGAGGACAAUUAAAUACUUCCUAGGUGACCUCAGCUUGUCAAUUUCUGUUUGAACGAACUUUUUUCUCAAAAAUAAUUUUGGAUCUGCCCUUUGAAAUCUCACUCUUGGUGGCUUUUGACAUUGGCUACUAUAUGAUUGUAUCUCUUGAAAAUAUGAACUUUGAUGUUUUGGUCU